GCUGAAUUAUCAAACAAGCUGUUCGCUCCCCCUCUCUCACUCGUUUAAAGGAACAGUCCACUUUAGAAUAGUCCUUCAGAUCUCGUCACAGUCUAAACAUAGCUACAAGAUCUGUGAUAUAUUCGCAAAUUCUUAAGAAAGUUUUGUUUAUAUAUUCUCAGCUGACGGCGGAAAUUGCAAAAUCUUGCAAAAUUCCAUGGACGUACAUGUAUGUGUAAGUCACGUGAACCUUUUCCCGCUCCCAUUUUACCGCAGAUCUGCCUUGUUUCCGAGGUUCCGCCCCCAGCUCUGAUGACAUAAAUUACAGUCCUGACUUUCCUUCAGUUCUGUGUUGAAGCGGGUCGGCGGCGGCGGCGGAUCGUCUGUAGGAUCCGGAUUAGGAGACGACCAUCACCCCCAGAGUCGGGAAUCCGGGGGAGGGUUCACUGUCCGUGCGUGAAAACAAGUUCUCAUCGUUAGACCUGCGGUGAGAAGUUUAUUGGAAGAAACGCCCACAACUGAAAACGAGGGAACAGCAACAAGUGAACCAGCCCGAGGACUGAGAUCAUCAAUUCAACAGAACUAUUCUGACUCGGAGUUUCCAUUGACUCAGUCAGGAGAAAGUUUGGUCAUUGCCAGCAGGUGGGGCUUUCUUCCACCCGGACGUCGGACAAGCAGACGAUAAUCAACCAACGUCAGUCAGAGUCAGAAUGGACACAGAUCUGAACUCCACCAUCUCCGUCUUCCUGUCAAAUUGUGACGAUCACCAACUGUUCCAGCUGACGAGAUUCUAUAUGGAGCGACUAGAGCAGGCGAUUGAGGAGGAUGUGGAGGGAGUCAGCUUCAUGUUAACUCAAGAUCAUCAUUUCAAUGAGCGAGAGUAUCACAGCGUGACUGAGCUCGCGGAGAAGGGAAACCGAGCGGGCGCUUCCAAACUCCUCCUGGAUCUGGUGAUGGAGAGGGGCUCCGGGGCCCGGAAGGUGAUGUGGGAAUCCUUUGUGAAACUACAUCACCACUUACCGAAGCUGAGCAGAAUAUUGAAUGAAAUACGGGAACGUGGUGACGGCCAGUUCGCCUACAUGGACACUGAGCGGGGUUUAUCUGAAGUGCCCACGCAUCUGGAAGAUGUUCGAAGGAAACACAUGGAGAAUCUGCGGACACAGUCUGAAAAACUAAGAGUGAACACGAUCCUGAUGAGGGAGAAGGUGAAGGUUUUCCAGCUGGUUGAUCGAUACGCUGAGCUCACGGUCAUUUCUACUGUUCGAGAUCGGACACUGGUGGAACAUGAGCUGCUGGCAAGAGGCAGAGACCACGAGGAAUGGAGAGAAAAAGAUCUCCGUGGUAAGCUGGAAAAAAUCCGGACUGAUCAGUUAUUCAGGAAGAGUUUUGUUGAGAAAUUGAAAAGAUCUAUCUUUAGAAACAAAUCAGGGAUGUCCGCAGCAGUGGCCGGAGUCCCAGGGAUCGGGAAAACAACAAUGGUACAAAAGAUUGUUUAUGACUGGGCCGCGAUGAAGAUAUACCAACAAUUCCAGUUUGUCUUCAGUUUCAAAUUCCGGGAUUUAAACUCCAUUAACUGCAGAAUAAACCUGAAGGAACUGAUUCUGCAUCAGUAUCCCUACUUUGGGAAUAUCCUGGGAGAGGUCUGGAAACACACAGAGGGACUGCUGUUCAUAUUCGAUGGAUUGGAUGAAUUCAAGGACAAAAUCAACUUUGUUGAUGGUCGGAGAGACACAGAAUCACAGUACACAGAUCCUGAAUUCAAGUGCAAGGUGUCUGAUAUUGUGUACAGUUUAAUCCAGGGCAAGCUGCUCCCAGGGUGUUCAGUGCUGGUGACCACCCGUCCCACUGCGUUACAUUUAUUGGAAAAGGCAGAGAUCAGUAUCUGGGCUGAAAUCCUGGGAUUUGUUGGUGAGGAACGGAAGGAAUAUUUCAUCAGGUAUUUUGAAGAUCAGACGGUGGCAGAAGCUGUUUUCAAACACGUGGAGGAGAACGAGAUCCUGUACACCAUGAGCUACAACCCUUCCUACUGCUGGAGCCUCGCUCUGGCACUAGGCCCCUUCUUAACCCAAAGAGUCAGGGACCCACAGCGAGUUCCCAAAACCAUCACCCAACUGUACUCCUACUAUAUUUACAACAUCCUGAAAAACCACGGCCGUGAGAUUGAGAACCCACGUGAUGUGUUACUCAGGGUUGGUCAGAUGGCCUUCAGAGGAGUGUCUGAGAAGAAGAUUGUGUUUACAGAUGGAGAUUUGAUAAACUACAAUCUGCAGCCUUCCCAGUUCCUGUCCGGUUUCCUGAUGGAGCUUUUGGAGAGAGAAGAUUCUGCCCAGAGCGUGGUGUACACAUUCCCACACCUCACCAUCCAAGAGUUUGUAGCUGCAGUCGCACAAUUCCUGAAUCCACAUUCCGGGGAUAUCCUGAAAUUUCUCACUGAAGUCCACAGCACGACAGAUGGGCGAUUUGAGAUAUUUCUCCGUUUUGUUGCUGGCCUCUCCUCCCCAAUGACAGCUCGGGGCCUGGAGGAGUUUCUGGGUCCAUUUCCUCAUCAAACAACAUGCCGGGUGAUUGACUGGGUGAAGGUGGAGGUUAAACGGCAGAGUGGAAACACAUGGUGUGAAGCUGGUAAAAGGAGCCUCCUGAACACUUUGCACUACCUGUUUGAGUCUCAGAAUCGUGGACUGGCUCAGGACGCACUGGGAUCUGUGGAAAGACUUUCAUUCAGUGGAAUGACACUGACUCCGAUUGACUGCGCGGUCCUGUCUCAUGUAAUCGGACUCUGUGAUACAAUAAAAUACCUUGACUUGGAGAGAUGCAACAUGCAGUGUGAAGGAAUCCAGCGGCUGGGACCCAGGCUGCACAAGUGCCAGGAGUUGAGACUGAACGAUAAUAAACUGGGAGAUUCAGGAGUGAAACUGGUGUCUGCGGCUCUGAGGAACACGGAGUGUAAAAUACAGACACUCGGGCUGGAGAAUGUCGGUCUCACAGAUUCUGGUGCCGAGAACGUCGUCUCCGCUCUCAGUACAAACCCAUCACUGACGGAUCUGAACCUGAGAUACAACUCUCUGACAGACGGAUCUGUCCCCGCUCUCUCCGCGGCCUCAUACAGACCCUCCCGAGUCUGGAGCUGA